CGAGGCCCUUCUUCUACCCGCUGCGAACACUGAACUGAAACUAAACUGAACUGGACUGAACAAGCCAAUAACCAUGGAAUCGCGAGCCAGUGAUGAGCCCUUGCCAAUGGACGUUGAACUGCAGCUGCCUAAAGAGCCUCCCAAAAUUCACCGCCUCGACCAGUCUGUCGUCAAUCGAAUCGCCGCCGGUGAGGUCAUCCAGCGCCCUGUCUCCGCCGUCAAGGAGCUUGUCGAGAACAGCAUUGACGCGAACUCUUCCUCCAUAAACGUCACCAUUAAGGACGGAGGCCUCAAACUCAUUCAAGUCUCCGAUGAUGGCCAUGGAAUUCGAUAUGAGGACCUGAGCAUACUGUGUGAGAGGCAUACAACAUCAAAGUUGUCUUCAUUUGAGGAUUUAUGGUCCAUUAAAUCAAUGGGAUUUAGGGGAGAGGCUUUGGCAAGCAUGACGUAUGUUGGCCAUGUUACAGUCACUACCAUCACCAAAGGGCAGUUGUAUGGUUACAGGGUAUCAUAUAGAGAUGGCGUUAUGGAGCAUGAACCAAAAGCAUGCGCUGCUGUAAAAGGAACCCAGAUAAUGGUUGAGAACUUAUUCUAUAAUAUGGCUGCAAGGAGGAAGACAUUACAAAAUUCUGCAGAUGACUAUUCAAAGAUUGUAGACUUGAUUAGUCGUUUUGCCAUACAUCACAUAAAUGUUGGUUUCUCUUGCAGAAAGCAUGGAUCUAUGAGAGCUGAUGUACACACAGUUGCUACAUCAUCAAGGCUUGAUGCCAUUGGAUCUGUUUAUGGUGUUUCAGUUGCUCGCAAUUUGAUGGAAAUUGAAGCUUCAAAUGAUGAUCCAUCUGGUUCACCUUUUGAGAUGCACGGUUUUAUCUCUAAUGCAGAUUAUGCUGCCAAGAAGAUCACAAUGGUUCUUUUCAUCAAUGAUCGAUUGGUUGAGUGUUCUGCAUUCAAGAGAGCAAUUGAAGUUGUUUAUUCAGCAACAUUGCCCAAAGCUUCUAAACCGUUUAUAUACAUGACAAUUGUAGUACCUCCUGAGAAUGUUGAUGUAAAUGUGCAUCCAACAAAGAGAGAGGUAAGCCUUUUAAAUCAGGAAGUUAUCCUUGAGAAGAUACAAACAUUGGUUGAAUCAAGAUUAAGAAGCUCAAAUGAUGCACGAACAUUUCAAGAAGAGACAACUGAACCAUCCUCUUCUUGUUACGUGAAACCAUGCAAGGAGGCUAACCUCAGCCCCUUGGUGUUAGGUUCAAAAUCACAGAAAAUUCCAGUACAUAAAAUGGUUCGAACAGAUUCAUUGAAUCCUUGUGGAAGAUUGCAUGCUUACAUGGACACCCAGCCAAUUGGACAUCUUGACAAGAGUGCUAGCUUGACUGCAGUGAGGUCCUCAGUUAGACAAAGAAGGUACCCAAAUGAUUCUUCAGGCUGCGUCACUGUUCAGCAGCUUCUUGACGAGAUCAAUAGCAGUUGUCACUCUGGUUUGCUUGAUAUUGUAAGGCACUGCACAUAUAUUGGAAUGGCAGAUGAUGUUUUUGCAUUGCUUCAGCAUAACACUCAUCUCUAUCUUGCCAAUGUGGUAAACCUGAGCAAAGAACUUAUGUAUCAGCAAGUUCUGAGUCGGUUAGAACAUUUCAAUGCUAUUCAACUAAGUGAUCCAGCUCCCUUGAAAGAUUUGAUUAUGCUGGCUCUGAAGGAAGAGGAUGUUGAUCCAGAAUCCAUAGAGAAUGAUGCCUUUAAAGAGAAAGUUGCUGAAAUGAACACAAAUCUACUUAAACAGAAGGCUGACGUGCUGGAGUUUCAUUUCUGCAUUCAUAUUGACCAACAUGGAAAUUUAUCUAGACUUCCUGUGAUACUUGAUCAGUAUACUCCUGAUAUGGAUCGCCUCCCUGAAUUUGUGCUUUCUUUGGGAAAUGAUGUUGACUGGAAUGAUGAAAAGAAGAUGUUUCAAACAAUUGCAGCAACUCUUGGAGAUUUCUAUGCAAUGCAUCCGCCCCUGUUGCCCAACCCUUCUGGUGAGGGAUUGCGGUUUUACAAGAAGAGAAAAUUAGGUUGUGCUGAGCAAAAUCCUUGCAACACUACUGGGAAUGAUGAGAUAUCGGAGAAUGAUGUUGAUCAUGAACUGCUAUCUGAGGCAGAGCUUGCCUGGUCUCAGCGUGAAUGGUCAAUACAACAUGUGCUGUUUCCAUCUAUGAGACUCUUCUUCAAACCUCCCGCUUCUAUGGCUACUAAUGGAACAUUUGUUCAGGUUGCUUCUUUGGAGAAGCUGUACAAGAUUUUUGAAAGAUGCUGAGCUCCCACACAGAAUUUGAUUAGGCUAAAGAUGAAUUGUUCUUCAGAAAAAAAAUGCAUUUUGGGCUUUCUGGUUCUUCAUUUUGGGGUGCUUCGAAGAAUUACUUGGCCUAGUGAUGUUGAAUCACGUUGUCUCUUGUAAAAAUAUAUCUGUAUCUAUAAGCAACCAUGUUAAAUCAUCAAUGGAGAUAUUUUUCCUUGGAAGAUGAUCAUUGAUAUAGCGGCAGCUUAGUAGGGCUUGUAAAGCUUGUAAACUGCAAACCAAAGGGGUUCAAAAUUUCAGUUAGCCUCUAUUACUCACAUGUUGCUGUGAAUGUGCUAACAUUGCAGUUUGUUGGAAUUUUGUAAUUCCUCCGAAGUCAUAUCAAUUGUUAGAGUUGUUGGUGGAAA